AUGGCAACAGAAGUACAGGGACUUUUCCCUGACUCAGAAUUCCAGCAGAUACUAGACCAGGUGGAUGUGCCUGAUGUGGAAGGAUGGGAGUUUUUUGUGGAGUCACAUGGAGUUACUAUUUACAGAAUGUAUAAUGAGAGCUCUGGCUUAUACCAGUAUAAAUUAUAUGGAAACCUGGAUGACAUCCUGCCAGAUGUUUGUGCACAAGUGUACAUGGAUUUAGAGUAUCGCAAGCAGUGGGAUACCUAUGCUAAAGAGUUAGAGAUAAGAGAAUGUGAGGGUCGUAAUCUCAUAUACUGGGAAGUCAACUUUCCAUUCCCCCUGUGGAACAGAGAUUAUGUCUAUGGUAGAGAAUGUAAAGUGAUGGAUAAAAACGGACAGAAAGUGUGGGUCAUUCUGGCCAAGUCUGUGAGCUCACCAUCUAUACCAGAGCGCAGUGGCAUUGUCAGAGUGGAUGAUUACUUACAAAGUGUUGCUCUGUGGUCAGAUGGGAAAUCUGGCACAAAAGCUUUCAUGAAAUACUACGAUAAUCCAAAAGGCAACAUUCCAAAAUGGCUCAUUAACUGGGCUGCCAAGACAGGGGUGCCGCAGUUUCUGAAAUUGAUGGACUCAGCUUGUAGAGGAUAUCCAGAGUAUUUAAAGAAAAAGAAACGACCGGCAUAG